AUAAAAAAAAAUACAAAGGAAUAAUUUUAAAUCUUAAUUACAGUAUUAUAUGAGUUAUUUUUUACGUAAUGUAUCAAAACACAUGUAGAAGUGUUAAGCAGAUAUUUGAAGAUGCAACUUUUAAUAAACGUGAUAGGACUGUACUAAAAUUUGACAACAAUAAGUUAAACUUAUUUUUUGAAAAUGGUAUUCUCAAUUAUAGCUUAAUUGAACUGAUCGGAAACGCGGGAAGUGGAAAGACACAAUUUGCUUUAACUGUAUGCGCAGAACAACUUAUAAAAAUAUAUAAAGAAAAUAAACAAGAUGUUAUUUUUUAUGUUUAUAUGAAAGGAUCAUUUCCUAUUAAAAAUCUUACUACCAUAAUACAACACAAACUAAAGCAUUAUAAUGAUAACAACGACAGUAACAGUAACAGUAACAACCAUAUAAACGAACAACAUAGCCUUUUUGGCUGCGUGCUAAAAAAUUUCGUUAACAAUGAAAGUAAUAAUAACAAAUUAAGUAAUAAUGAAAAAUUAAGUAAUAAUAACAAAUUAAGUAAUAAUGUUUGGAUAAAUAGUACAGAAAGGGACAUAAAUAAAACCGAAACUACCGCUUUUUCAAAUAGAUAUGAAAGUCAAACAUAUGACAAUAAUAACACAAGCAUUAGCAGUAGUAGCCAUAAUCCUAACUCGUUUUAUUUAAACCCUAAUAGUGAACAA